UCCAUUUUUUUGGAAAAACGUUUUCCUGGAUGAGUACCAAGCCCAGCCUAAGCCGCAUCUCUGCUAUCCUCUUGGGCGAUUUCGGAGUUCGGACUCCACUCUUUCAUGGAUGAUGAUGAUGGUUUCACUAGCAUCCUCAUCCUUCCUCCCUUGUUUCAAGAGUAAUAUUCUUAUGAUGGUCAGGGCACCUGCCAUUGAUCCUCCAUUCUAUUCAAGGCCCCUCCGCCCUUCCAAAUGGCCUCUUCGAAACACUUCAAUACUGAGACCAACGUCUCGUUUGAAUUCCCAGAGCUUAGAUAGCGAGGAGGAAGACCAACAGGCUUCAGUUCAAGACCUUAGGGUUCCGGAAGAGUGGCUUGUCCCCUCCAAGGCUCUCCAGGAAUCUGAGUGGCUUAGAGUGACUCUUCACAAGUGGUUGGAUGAUGAGUACUGCCCUGAGGCUACCAACAUUGAAAUUAGCAAGGUUGCAGCUCAAUCAUUCUAUGAAUCUUUGGUUGGGAGACAGGCUGACUUGGGGGAGAUACUGUUGAAGAUGGCAAGAGACUUGCAAUCUAUUUCCUAUCAAGAAAGCUUCCACGGUGCAUUCUCAUCAGCAAAUGCAGCAGUCCAUCUAAUUGCCUCGCGGAUGGAGCAGGAGUAGAUGUUUCAUCAUUGUUCUCCUGUGUCAACUUUUCAUCGACAAAAGAGUACGCCUCUUGUUUAUAGUAUUAGUCGUCUUUGGAAUACAUUAGUUGCACAGUUUUCCAAUUUUUGAAUUGUAAUUAUGAUUUGUAGUCCUGGGAAGGACGUUUUAUUAUUUGACUUGCUUUGUGGUAAAACAGAGAGAUGUUUACAGAAUUAACUGCCAUCAGGAGUCAUUGUCAGAGUUAUUAAGCACAUCUGUAUUAUAAUUUUGCAUGCCAA